CGCCGCCUGUCCGUCCGCCGCGGGCUCGGUCGUCCGGCGCUGGCGCUCGGUGGCGGCGGCGGCGGGGACGCGGGUUCGAGCGCGGGCGGCGGCGGACGGCGGCGGGCGCGGCCGGGCGGCGGCCGGAGGGGCGGCGGACGCGGCCGGGCGCAGGGCCGAGGCGGAGGCCGAGAGGCCCCGGCGGGCGGGCGGCCGCGACGAUGACGCUGGAGUCCAUGAUGGCGUGCUGCCUGAGCGACGAGGUGAAGGAGUCCAAGCGCAUCAACGCCGAGAUCGAGAAGCAGCUGCGGCGGGACAAGCGCGACGCGCGGCGCGAACUCAAGCUGCUGCUGCUGGGCACGGGCGAGAGCGGCAAGAGCACCUUCAUCAAGCAGAUGCGCAUCAUCCACGGCGCCGGCUACUCGGAGGAGGACAAGCGUGGCUUCACGCGCCUGGUCUACCAGAACAUCUUCACGGCCAUGCAGGCCAUGAUCCGCGCCAUGGAGACGCUGAGGAUCCUGUACAAGUACGAGCAGAACAAGGCCAACGCGCUGCUGAUCCGGGAGGUGGACGUGGAGAAGGUGACCACGUUCGAGCAGCAGCACGUGCAGGCCAUCAAGAUGCUGUGGGAGGACCCUGGCAUCCAGGAGUGCUAUGACCGGCGGCGCGAGUACCAGCUCUCGGACUCGGCCAAGUACUACCUGAGUGACGUGGACCGCAUCGCCACCUCGGGCUACCUGCCCACCCAGCAGGACGUGCUACGGGUCCGCGUGCCCACCACGGGCAUCAUUGAGUACCCCUUCGACCUGGAGAACAUCAUCUUCAGGAUGGUGGACGUGGGCGGGCAGCGCUCCGAGCGGAGGAAGUGGAUCCACUGCUUCGAGAACGUCACGUCCAUCAUGUUCCUCGUGGCCCUAAGCGAGUACGACCAGGUCCUGGUGGAGUCGGACAACGAGAACCGCAUGGAGGAGAGCAAGGCCCUGUUCCGUACCAUCAUCACCUACCCCUGGUUCCAGAACUCCUCCGUCAUCCUCUUCCUCAACAAGAAGGACCUGCUGGAGGACAAAAUCCUCCACUCACACCUGGUCGACUACUUCCCCGAAUUCGACGGGCCGCAGCGGGACGCGCAGGCGGCUCGUGAGUUCAUCCUCAAGAUGUUUGUGGACCUGAACCCCGACAGCGACAAGAUCAUCUACUCACACUUCACGUGCGCCACGGACACGGAGAACAUCCGCUUCGUGUUCGCCGCCGUCAAGGACACCAUCCUGCAGCUCAACCUCAAGGAGUACAACCUGGUGUGAAGCUGCCGGACCCCGCAGGGCAAGGGGCUCCCACCGGAUACCGGACACACGGAACCCCCCCCCCCGGGGCUGCACCCCCAGCCCCACGCCCACUCCCGGACCCCCCAAGGGGGCAAGGGGCGCCCGCCGCCUGCCCUGGGAAGUGCCUACAUUUUUUUUUUUUUUAAAUUUUUAUUUGUUCUCUUUUUCCGGGGAAACAAAGGCAGCCUGGCCGCGAAGCGUCGCGGGCACCCCAGGUUGCGGGCAUGGGGGGUGGGCAGUACUUUUCCUCGUGGUGUGACCAACGUGGGGGCUGAUGGGAAUCCCGGAGGCUUCUCAGGUGUGUCCUGGAGAAGCAAGGGGGACCCCAUGGCUCUCGGGCUUGGGGCCAGUCCCCUGGGGCGCCCCUGUACCCCCGAGGCCUGAGCCAGGGCCGGGGGGGGCGGUUUCCCUGGGGCACCCCUGUGUCCCUGU